AGGAAAUGGAUAUACAAGGAGAGAAACUUAAGUGGCUAAAUAGAAAAGAAGCAGAGGUCGUUUCAAAUACAAGCAUUGGGCCUCAGGAAAGAGACAAUAUUUCUAAUAGACUGAAGACCCUGAAUAUUAAAUGGAAGAAGGUGUUCAAGGAAGCACCCACCAGAUUGAGAGAACUGGAGGGGUAUGUUCAUCAGCAGCAUUUUGUGCCAAAGUCUUCUGGUUUCCCUGUUCUCCAGACAACAAUGCUUAUGUCUUCUGCCUCAGAAAAUGUGGCACAAACUCAGCAUCCUUUGGAAAUCUCGACACCUGCUGAUUUGGAUCAGACUACGACAGAACUGGCUGACUGGUUGGCAUUGAUUGACCAGAUGCUAAAGUCCAACAUAGUUACUGUUGGGAAUAUUGAAGAAAUCAAUCGGACAAUUGCACGCAUGAAAAUAACAGAAGGUGAUUUAGAACAUCGACAUCCCCAAUUGGAUUCAGUUUUUACCUUGGCUCAAAAUCUGAAAAACAAAACAUCAAGUUCUGACUUAAGGACAGCAAUCACAGAGAAAUUGGAGAAGGUUAAGAACCAGUGGGACGGUACUCAGCAUGGGGUUGGAGUACGUCAACAUCAGCUGAAAUGCAUGCUGACUGACAGCAUGAAGUGGGACGACCAGAAGCAAGAAAUGGAGAAGUUAAUUGGACAAUACGAGAUCCAUCUACAUGCUCUCUUACAGUCUUCUAAAGAAAAGCUUACCAAACAAAUUUCAGAAAACAAAAUAUUAUUGCAAGAUCUAGAUAAAGGAAAUGCCAGGAUGAUUUCAUUUAAUGAUCUGUCAAAUAAACUUCUUCAAGAUUACAGUGGUGAUGACACAAGAAAUGUGAAGGAAAUUAUGAAUCACCUGAAUACCUCAUGGAUUAAUCUGAAACAAAGAACUUGCAAUAGGCAGAAUUGUUUGGAGGCUGAUCUGAAGACAGUGCAUGCCUUGCUCAGAGACCUUGAAAAGUUCCUCAAGUGGAUACAAGAAGCAGAAACUACAGUUAAUGUCCUUGCAGAUGCAUUGCACAGGGAACCCACUACUCUGGCCAGUGGUCCUGGAAGGGAACUGAAGAAGCAGAUUGAGGUAAGAGGGUGACUAGUUCUAUAUGUGAGCAUAUUUUCUAUGUUUUUUUAGACUUAAAAGGGUAAAAUCCACUUCUGAUGCUGAAUAAUCUUACUAGAGUUUGGUGCUUUUUAAAAAAUAUAUAUAAGAAAACUACACAGCCAAUGAAUGGCUGUGUAAUCUGUUAAAGAGGUUAAAAGUAAAGUAGCCUACUUAUUACUAGGAGAAGAAUAUGAAAAGAAUAAUGAGAACAAGAAAUGGUCUGAAAAUGAUGACAGCUGUUGAGAAUAUCAGUUUGAUCAAUAGCAAACCUUCAGGGUGAUGCCAAAGAUGAAAGGGUUAGGGUAAAGGAUAACUGUAAGAUUAAUGCAGGAGAUAAAACUUGUCCACACAAGAUAAAUAUUUAAAAUAUGUUCAUUAAAUGUCUGCUGAAAGAGAAGCGGGUGAGUUGGUGAAAUUGAGUACCUGUCUCCUGAAAAUUAACAGAGAGCAAAUGUUUUAUUAUUGGAUUGAUACGCUGUUUAUAGUUGCUUAAAAGAAACACCCACCAAUCUUUUAACCUGUUGGAGAUAGAGUUUAUAUGCCUUGAUUAGCCAUGCAACAAAUCCAGUCCUGGUGCUUUACAUAUCUACUGGAAUUGAGAUCUUCCUAAGCAAUCAACUUGCCCUGCUU